CAGACUUUCAGAGGGGAUGUCUCAGUAACUGAGGAGUGAAAUGUAUACGUCUUGUAAACAAGACAUAUUAUAGUUGUCUGUAAUGUAAGGACUAAUUUUUAGAGAAGAAGAUAAGAAAUUGUCUUUCACAAUGGGUCAACGCCUGAGUGAGGACAACGACCAAGACAAGGAAAUUGACGUGGCAGAGCUGCAGGAAUGGUACAAGAAAUUUGUUGUGGAAUGCCCAAGUGGAACCCUCUUCAUGCACGAGUUCAAGAGCUUUUUUGGUGUCACUGAAAACCAGGCGGCAGCCGAUUACAUCGAGAACAUGUUUCGAGCUUUUGACAAGAAUGGAGACAACACCAUCGAUUUCCUGGAGUAUGUGGCAGCGUUGAACUUAGUCCUGAGGGGUAAACUGGAACACAAACUUAAAUGGACAUUCAAAAUGUACGACAAAGAUGGAAGUGGGUGCAUCGAUAAAGUGGAGCUGCUGGAAAUUGUGGAGUCUAUUUAUCGACUGAAGAAAGCCUGCCACGGUGAGCUGGAUGAAGAGUGCAAUCUCCUGACCCCAGAUCAAGUGGUUGAUCGGAUAUUUGAGCUGGUUGAUGAAAAUGGAGAUGGGGAGCUGUCUCUGGACGAGUUCAUCGACGGAGCCCGCAGGGACAAGUGGGUGAUGAAGAUGCUGCAGAUGGAUGUCAACCCUGGAGACUGGCUCUCCAACGAGCGGAGAUAAACUUGAACUGAGAAAGAACUUCUAAGGCUGAGGGACACACUGUCAAUCUGACACAAACUAAAACCGUGCUGGAACUCCGCGUGUAUUGCAGACACAUAUCGUAUUAUGUGGAAGGAAACAGCACAGUAGUCACCGUGGUGUUGUAAUAACAGUGCUGUGUAAGAUUUUGCUUUAUCAUUUCCACAAUGCUAUAUACUUUCUGUUUAUUCAUUAUGGUUCACAAUUAAAGUGACACAAUGUAGGAGUUCAACCUUUAAAUGAUGUUUAAAUGAGAACCACAAUAUUCUAAUUUAUGGCUGCGCAAACUAAAGCACACAAGUAAUGAAGGUUUAAUUAUUCAUACAAAAGAAUAGAAUACCAAUUACAGAAGACAAAACAACACUGAUUAUACUAAAAACAAACCUAUAAACACCUGAAAGCACAAUGAAAAAACAUUAAAAUAAUCUAAGCGCAGUUCAAGUGAAUGUCUGUGGUUUGGUCACAAAGGAUUUUUUGAAAACACCUUAGGCCAUGCGGACACACUGUAGCGCCUCCUGGACUCAAACUUUCCGCUCUUGCUAUGGGCUCAGAGGCUUUUGUGGUUUUCCAAGGAUACAAUCCUGUUUAAUUUAAAUUUUCACUUGCAAGUUACAGUAAGUGACCAAAACGAGGCAGGGAAAUGCAAAGUGAGGAGACUCUCAGUGUGUGUGUUAUACACAAUUGACCCCCAAGACAGCUCAAUGUCUGCUGUGAAUAUCUCUUAAAAACAUACAUUUACAUUUUUUCUGGGUUAAAUUUUCCAUCCAUCCAUC